GUGUGAAGGCAGGAAGCAGAUGACACACUCAACGUUCUUCUGCUUCACACUCACACCACAGACAGAGAGAAAGAGAGAGAGAGGGCGGACAGAAAAGAACCAAGGCAGGAAGAGAAAAGAAGAGAAAAGGGAAACUUAGAAAGAACAACAGACAGAGGGACACAAGACAAAAAGAGGUCAAAGGUGGGCAGGAUGAGAAGCCAAUGAAGAAAAGGAGUCAUAAGAAAGGAGGUGAAGAGGAGCAAAGCAAAUAAACCACGGAAGAAGAGAAGGAGGCAAGAGUAAAGAAGUCAACACGAAGGCGAGGAGGACAGAGGAAGCAAUAAGUUAAAGAGAGGUAUUCGGAAGGGGGGGAAGAGGAGAGACAUUGAGAACGUGGAGUACCAAGGGGAGCCGAGAGAGAAGAGGUGAGGAAAAGGGGGGGAGGCGAGGUGAGGAGGAGGAACGCUGUGUCAUCAUGGAGGAGGACAUCAGGAAACAGGGGAUGCUCUACCUGCAGCAGCAGCGGUUUGGAAAGAAAUGGAAGCGUGUCUGGUCCGUCCUGUACAGAGAAAGUUCCUGUUCGAUAUCCAGGCUGGAAUUCUUUGAGUGUAAAGAUGGAGGAAGUAUAGAGAAGAGCGACAAAAACCUACGCAAACAGCAGGAACACAAGAAGGUGAUCCGUCUGGCUGACUGUAUCAGGGUGUCGGAGGUGGAGAUGGACGGCUGUCCCAGAGACACCGGUCCAUUUUUGAUCGAGACCACUGAGAAGACCUACUACUUUGCUGCGGAGAGACAACACCUGGAUGACUGGACACACAAAUUGUGUGAGAUAGCUUUUCCUAUGAGCUGGAUGGAGCACAGCGUGAAGAGAGGCAGCCUACAGAGAGGAAACAGAGUGGAUGAAGAUGAAGGAAUGGAGGACAACUCACUGUACAGCGGCCGAGAGACAGUGUGUGUCUUCAAAGUGGGUGUUCGGAGGACAGAGGCGUCUGAUCGCUGCAGACUGAAAGGAGAUGUUGCCCUGCGAACAGACGUUGACGCUCUUGUCAUGCUAGAUAAGACAGGAGAUGUUGUGUACACCUGGCCGUACAGAUUCUUGCGUCGCUUUGGAAGAGACAAGUCUACUUUCUCCUUCGAGGCCGGCCGAAGAUGUGACUCCGGUGAGGGGAAUUUUGAGUUUGACACCAAACAAGGGAACUUCCUCUUUCAGGCUGUAGAAUCUGCCAUCAACCUGCAGCGGAUUUCACUCCCCCAAAGACAGACUUCAGGAGGCGGGCAGGUGAGUCCAGAGACCCUCCAGGACCUGAACCUGCCUCCCCUUCCACUCAACCCACCCCUUUUUCAGGGCAGGGCGCUAACACUGCCUCCGCCUCGAAGCCAUGUUACCCAACCCCCUGCUGCACAGGCAGCUGACGGUGUGUACAGCAUGGUGACUGAACCUUCAAAUAUUCAGAUGAGCCUUCACAAAGAAGAUGAAAGCGGCUCCUCUUCACCACAGCAACAACAACAUCGCCCCCUGCUGACACAUCUUGAGCCUCCAGUGGACAAAACGCUGACUGGUGUGAAGAGUUUGACUCUGGACACUCGCGAUCUCCCCAUUCCCCGAAAGAACCAGGUCAAGAUGAUCUCCAGCUGUCCUCUGCCUCAUGCUGGACCCGAGCCUGAUCCCAACCUAGCCCCUGGUUCCAACCCCAACCCCACCUUCAGCUCCAAAUCGAGGCCCAACCCUGACCAGACCUACUCCCGGAUCACCCUGCCAGCCUCAGAGAGAGCCACCAGGAGAGAGAAAAGAGGCGGUGGGUUGGCUCCGCCCUGCACUCCCCCUCUCAUCCCCCCAGAGCCUGAGUACUCCCUCCCCUUUGACACCAUCGCCAUGAAAGUCAUGACCAACAUCCUGAACUCCCGACAGGCUGAGUCUGGCACAGACCCGCUCUACGACAGCAUAGAUGAGAUGAAGAUCAGAAACAUCUUCCCGAGCGAUGCCGAAGCUGUCGGGAUGACUUACAGGAAGAUGGAGCACAUUUACGACGAGCCUGAAGGCUGCGCUGUCCCUUCUGCACAGAAACCUCCCACCUCUGAGUACGACGACCCGGAGGAGAUGAGAGGCGAUGCCUGGAGAUUUAUGGGUACACCUGCUGACCCUAAAGGUCAUGAAUACCCAUACAACCCCCGUGUAGAUGACUACGCCGUGCCUAAAAGACCGCAGAGGAUGUGUCUUGUUACACAAAGGACCAAAGAAGGAGAAGAGGAGGAGGAGGAAGAGCCACAGAAGGAUGGGGAGGAGCAGAGAGGGGGGCAACGGGAUUCACCUUACAACAAUGUGAACGUAAAGAUGGCGUAGAGAAGAGUCAGCAGUUAAUAUGAACAUGGUUCAAUAAAUGAUUCUGAUCUUUAAUCAAUUAUCAGUGAUAAAGAUUUGAUGAUAUAGA